AUGAUAUUUUCUUCGAUAGGCCGUGUCGCAUUCAGCUAUUCCGGCUUCUUGACAGCGGGCAGCAAUUCAUUUAGGCGUCCUGGUGGAAUAUAUGAUACACAUUAUUUCAAGGCGCUCGAAGUGAUAGCUUCAACUAGUGGCCACUAUGCGUUUGCCUCCGGUAGUACCACUGACUUGUACGGCUGUUUGUAUGAUUCAUUCAGUCAAUACUCUCCAUUCUCAAAUUUAAUUGAAUGCAACGAUGAUUAUGCUCCUGGAGUAAAUUUCAGGCUCGAAAUACAUUUGUUGGCCUACCAAUCUAAGGUUCUGGUUGUUACAACAUACGAACCUUCAGAAACAGCAUCAUUCGACCUCAAGGCCUACGGUCCUGGUAUAAUUACUGGGGAAGACAUCCCAUACAGUCAAAAAUAUGAAAUUGACUAG